AUGAUGAUGAUGUCGCUAAACAGCAAGCAGCACUUCAGCAUGACCCACAGCAGCCUACAUGACGAGCCCAAAUACUCAGUCCUGCACUCCUCCUCCCCGCACUCCUCAUCCUCUGCCACCAGCUCCCCCAGCAUUACCAGCGUGAGGAGCAGCUCCGGAGCUGGGGGAGGUGGCAGCAGCUCGGAGGCGAUGAGAAGAGCCUGUCUCCCAACCCCACCGAGCAAUAUAUUUGGAGGUCUGGAUGAGAGUUUGCUGGCACGUGCUGAAGCUCUGGCUGCGGUGGAUAUAGUGUCUCAGUGCAAGAGCCAACAUCACCACCACCACCACCACACGCCUCACCACAGCCCCUUCAAGCCGGACGCUACUUACCACAAUAUGAACACCAUCCCUUGCACUUCAGCUUCCUCAUCUUCUUCAGUUCCUAUCACCAACCCAUCUGGGGUGUCUGGGUCUCACCACCAUCAUCACCACCACCAUCACCACCACCAGCCUUUAGAAGGAGAACUCUUGGACCACAUCACCCCAGGGCUGACAAUUGGGGCCAUAACCGGACCAGAUGGAUCAGUUGUGUCAACGCCAGCUCACCCACACAUGGCCAGCAUGAAUCAUAUGCACCAGGCAGCCCUAAGCAUGGCACAUGCCCAUGGUCUCCAAUCCCACAUGGGCUGCAUGAGCGAUGUAGAUGCAGAUCCCAGAGACCUUGAAGCAUUUGCUGAGAGAUUCAAGCAGAGAAGGAUCAAACUGGGGGUCACCCAAGCAGAUGUGGGAUCUGCACUUGCAAACCUGAAGAUCCCCGGGGUGGGAUCCCUGAGUCAGAGCACAAUCUGCAGAUUUGAGUCCCUCACGCUUUCACACAACAACAUGAUUGCCCUCAAGCCUAUUUUGCAAGCCUGGCUUGAGGAGGCAGAGAAGUCUCACAGAGAAAAACUCACUAAACCCGAGCUUUUCAAUGGAGCAGAGAAGAAAAGAAAGCGCACCUCCAUAGCAGCCCCAGAGAAGAGGUCCUUGGAAGCUUACUUCGCCAUCCAGCCUCGCCCUUCCUCCGAAAAAAUAGCAGCAAUUGCUGAAAAACUAGAUUUAAAAAAGAACGUGGUUCGGGUCUGGUUCUGUAACCAAAGGCAGAAACAGAAAAGAAUGAAAUAUUCAGCUGGAAUUUAG